UAAUUUGCCAUUAGCCAAUACUACUGCUGGGUUUCUAUUGUCAGAACUGCUACCUUUCUUCUUCUUCAUCUUCCUCUCUGUAUAGUUUGGUGCCACCGACUUUACCUUACACCACAGAAUCAAUCUCCUUUAUUAUUAUUUUAUAUUGGUGGAUGUUGUGUAUGAGCAGUUGUAGUUUAUGUUUUGAUUGAUAAAUUUGCUGCUAAGGAUAUGUGAUUGUUGAAGCUAAAACUAUAGCAUGGAUGAAGAAUUGGUUGAUGAGGCAACCCAAUUAGAGGUUGCCGAGGAAACGCAGCGCCAAAACAAAGAUUCAUCCAACCCGGAAUGCCAAAAAAUCUUAAAAUCCCAAGAAGCCUUCAUCCCUGUUAAGCAGGACUACUCCCAGAUACCACCUCGGGAAUAUGAUGGUAAAAAUGUAGUUGAAGGUAUUGACCAUGCAGAUACAUCACAGCAUCCUCGUGUAAGCCUUUUUAUGGAUGAUGCUGAUGCUAUGAUUGAAGAGUUAACAGUAAAAAGUUACAAUGGCUCAAGCUUGGAUAUUGGUACAUCAAACAACCGAGAGCAGAUGUAUAAUCAGCAGAAUCAUUGGCAAAAUCUCUAUCAGCUAGCAAGUAAUUCAGGAAUUGGAAAUUCACUAAGUGAUAUUGGAACCAGAAACAGUGUCCAAGCUACAUCUAGUGCUCGGGAGGAUAUUGGUUCCUCAUCUUUCCCAGAGAUGCUAGCUAGAAAAUCUCUCAGUGAUGGCCAGAGCAAUGCCAUGGAACACUUGGCAUCUGCUGAAAAUAAAGGGGGUGCAGGUGAUGUUCAUCAAGGAACACGGACAAAAAUUAUAUCCCAAUCAGGAUUUGCGGAGUUUUUCAUCAAAAAUACACUGAGGGGUAAGGGUAUUGUAUAUAGAGGUCCAUCAUCUGAUGGCUUCUGUGUUCAGUCUAGAGAGCAAAACCGGAUGAAGAUUGGGAUUGAUGCAGAUCAGAAUAGGAUGAAGACUGGCAUUGGUGCAGAUCAGAAUCGGAUGAAGACUGUCAUUGAUGUGAUUCAGAAUCGGCUGAAGACUGGCAUUGAUGCAGAUCAGAAUCCGAUGAAGACUGGCAUUGAUCAGAGUCGGAUGAAGACCGGCAUUGAUACAGAUCAGAAUCAGAUGAAAACUGGCAUUGGUACUGAUCAGAAACAGAUGAAGACCAGCAUUGGUACUCACUUGAACUCUAAUCAAUCAGUUGGUUAUGGUUCCAAAACUGCAAAGUUUCCUUCUUAUUGUGGUGCUAUGCCUAGAUCUGGCAGGUCUGAAUGUGACGGUGUGACUUUGAGAGAAUGGUUGAAACACGGGAACCACAAAGCAAACAAGGUGGAAAGUUUGAAUAUAUUUAGGAAGAUUGUGGAUUUGGUGGGCAAUUCUCACUCUCAGGGAGUUGCACUGCAUAACCUGUGUCCAUCUUAUAUUAAAUUGACGCCAUCAAACCAGGUCAUGUACCUUGGUUUACCUGUUCAAAAACAGAUGGUGGAUAGUGUUGUAAAUUCUGAAGUUGUCCACUUAGAUAAUUCUUUUAUUAGAAAAAGGUUGUCAGAGCAAGUAACACUUCCCUCUCUUGAUAUGGGGUCAAAGAAACAAAAAUUUAAUGAGAAUGUAAGAGUUACUGGUGGUGACUUGUGUCUUGAAACUGCAAGUGAUAGGAAACUUCAUAGUCAUACAGUUGGAUCACAAGAUUAUUACAAUGAAUAUGAGGAAGGUACCCAAUUCUCUAAAUAUAACAUUGGAAGAAUGUCUAGCAUCCCUCGUGUAUCUAAUGCAGGUCAAAGGCCAUUGACUUCAUGCGAAAAAUUUGAAAAUAAAUGGUACACAAGUCCUGAGGGAGGCUACACAACAUCAUCAAAUAUCUACUGUCUUGGUGUUCUCCUUUUUGAGUUACUUGGUCAUUUUGACUCUGAAAGAACACAUAUUGCAGCCAUGUCUGAUCUUCGUCAUAGGAUUCUUCCUCCAAUUUUCCUAUCAGAAAAUCCUAAGGAAGCUGGCUUUUGUCUUUGGCUGUUGCAUCCUGAACCAUCAUCACGUCCAUCAACAAGGGAAAUCCUUCAAUCUGAAUUGAUUAAUGGAUUGCAAGAGUUGUUUAGUGAGGAAUUGUCAUCAAGUAUUGACCAAGAAGAUGCAGAAUCAGAAUUGUUAUUGCAUUUCCUCGUUUUGUUAAAAGAGCAGAAGCAGAACAAUGCCUUCAAACUGGUAGAAGAUAUCAAGUGCUUGGAAUCAGAUAUUGAAGAGGUGGAUAGGAGGCAUGACUCAAGAAAAUCCUUGGUUUCCUCUGGCUUGCAGAAUGAUUACUCUUGUCAGAAAGAGAUUAUGCCUCUUAAAAAGGAAUCUUUGAGUUUGGAAAUGCUGCCCUCGAUAUCCCCAAUCUCUAAUUCAAAUGAAGUGAGAUUGAUGAGAAAUAUAUGCCAUCUUGAAAGUGCUUAUUUUUCCAUGAGAUCCAAACUUCAGCUUUCUGAAACAGAUGCUUCAACUCACCCUGAUAAAGAUAUACUAAGAAAUCGUGAGAACUGGAAUGUGGCUGAAAAAAGCGAGGAACAACCUAAGAAAGAUACUUUAGGGGCAUUCUUUGAUGGUUUGUGCAAGUAUGCACGCUAUUGCAAGUUUGAAGUGCGGGGUGUACUAAGAAAUGCUGAUUUUAACAAUCCUGCAAAUGUAAUUUGCUCUCUAAGCUUUGAUCGGGAUGCAGAUUACUUUGCUUCUGCUGGGAUAUCUAAGAAAAUAAAAAUUUUCGAGUUUAGUGCACUUUGCAAUGACUCUGUUGAUAUCCAUUAUCCUGCAGUUGAGAUGUCAAACAGAUCAAAACUCAGCUGUGUUUGCUGGAAUAACUAUAUUAAGAACUAUCUUGCUUCUACAGAUUAUGACGGUAUAGUGAAGUUAUGGGAUGCUAGUACAGGCCAAGAAUUUUCUCAAUUCACUGAACAUGAGAAGAGGGCUUGGUCUGUUGACUUCUCUGCAGUAUGCCCUACAAAAUUUGCCAGUGGAAGUGAUGAUUGUACUGUCAAGCUGUGGAGCAUCAGUGAGAGAAACUGUUUAGGCACAAUCAGGAACGUUGCUAAUGUCUGCUGUGUUCAGUUCUCUGCUCAUUCCUCCCAUUUGCUGGCCUUUGGAUCUGCGGAUUACUCAACAUAUUGUUAUGAUCUUCGCAAUCUCAGAAGUCCCUGGUGUGUACUGGCUGGCCAUCGUAAAGCUGUGAGCUAUGUCAAAUUCUUGGACUCUGAAACACUUGUUUCUGCUUCUACUGAUAAUACAUUGAAGAUCUGGGAUCUCAAUAAAACCUCUCCUGUGGGUGCAUCCAUUAAUGCUUGCAGCCUAACUCUGUCAGGACAUACUAAUGAGAAGAAUUUUGUGGGUCUAUCGGUGGCUGAUGGAUAUAUUGCAUGCGGUUCAGAAACAAAUGAGAUUUACACCUACUAUAGAUCGCUUCCCAUGCCAAUCACUUCACACAAAUUUGGGUCCAUUGAUCCCAUUUCUGGUAAAGACACUGAUGAUGACAAUGGUCAGUUUGUUUCAAGUGUAUGCUGGAGAGGGAAAUCAGACAUGCUUAUUGCGGCCAAUUCAAGUGGGUGUGUAAAAGUGUUACAGAUGGUUUAAAGGAAAGGUUCCCUGUGGCGGCAACUUUCUUGCAGUUUUGCGAGUUCCUGGAGUUUUGCACUUGUCGCCCUUGCACUCAGGCUAAAUCCCAUCAACCUGCUGGGAGCAUAUAAAAAAAUAUUUUGACAUCUUGAGCUCUGGCUUAUAAUUUGAAGUAGAAGGGCUUCUUCAAUUUCGGCCAUAAUUGGAUGGAGAAAUAGAUCUGCAAUCUAAAUCCUGGUCUUUUUAAAUCCUGAUGUGCAACUCGGAUUUCAAACCAGAAUUUCACAUUGUCAUAUGUAGAAAAGGCUUGUUAUACUUAAAUAUCACUGGGAUCAAUCCGAGAAGCAGAUUCAAUAUGAAACAGAUUAAGCUCCACCUUAGAUAAACUUCUCAACGAUAGUUUUAUUGGAGAAGAAAAUAAAUCAAAUUUCUCUUCCGAAUUAAAAUUAAUUUAUGUACAUCAGUCUUUUAAGUUCUUUCAUUUAAUUUUUUCGGAAACUGAUGUGCGUAAUUUAAUUUUAACUUUUAGUAGAAAUUUGAUUCAAUAUCUCUAUUUCUUCUCUUUUUUAUUGUUAAAAUUAUCUAAAUUGGGCUUAAUAUUUUAGAAUUGGGAUGGCUGGUGCUAAGUUGCUUCUUGGCUCAGACGCCCUGUAUCUAUGCAAAGCUUGCCCGUGCCAGUGUAAAUUGUAUUGCUGUCCUUUUCAGAUUUUUUAAAUUUUAUGAAGGACUAGCAAUUGUACGAUUAUAGGAAAAAUGAUUUUUUUUUUUAUCAAAAGAUAAAGCAACUCCAUUACCAUGAAUCGAAAGCAUAUAAACUUCAUGUGUA